GGGACCCGGAUGCUGAUGCGAAUGAGGAGAAGGAAGAGGCGAGAGAAAACAACGAUUUACUGGAAGGGGGAAUAAUAAAACGAAGAAGUGAUUUUCUUUUUCAUGCACGCAUUUUUACAUCUUGUGGGAAUCUAGUAAAUUGACAUCAAAGGACCUAAUGCCCAUAUCUGCAGAAGACAAAGCUCCAUGAAUGAAAUCAGACCCGGCGAAGGAGGACACGGCAAAGGCGAGAGCGAGGGAAGAUGCUGUGAUACGCUCGUAGGGAGGGCUAGAGCGAAAGGGAGGGGGAGGGUGCAUCGCUAAAGAUGGUUGUUUUGCCAGAAACAAACGUAUCCCCCGAUAAAUCCUUUAUAAUGAGCCAUGGUGGAAAAGCAUGUACUGUAGUACAAGAACGAAACUUUAUCGUGGCUAUAUUUUGACAUAUCUUUGAAAAAAUGAUUACAGAUGUAUAAGCGAGGUCAGUUAGAGAGGAUGUGGGGAGGACUUGUUUGUUUAACAUAAAGGGUAGCAUGCUGGGUCCUCACCUGUAAUAUAGGCCUAACACCGGGUAAAUAUUUGACUUAAAUAUCCCUCAACCUAUAUCGAAUCGUCCAUAUUACUGUUGUAGUUCUCCGGAUGAGAGGAAGUGAGUGGAAGCACGCUGAUUAAUAGAUACAAUUGUGGCAAGAAAAGUCAGUGGAUAAAUCGUCCUGGAACGUUUGCGUAUUCGAAGCAUUACCAGUAUAGUUGUCAUAACUUACACGGCCUUGCAACUCGCUUUGCUUAGAUUUCUUGUAGAUAUGUAUAUGGAAUAAGAUUCGACUGAGAGAGCGAGAUAAAUGGUCUGCUUUGACAUCAUCGAUAUACGACUCAGCCAUUAGCCUACUAGCUCUAUCUGUAGCCUUUUUCUGUGUGUCAUUAUUUUCCAACGCAUGGCAUUAGCAAAGCUUACAUUAUCCACCAUGAUGUCACGAUUGCAUAUCCUGACCCUAUUCUGUCAAAUAGAUAUAAUAAAACAGUUGCUCUCGUAGACGAACCGCACCUGCAAUAUUUAGACUGUUUCCCAUCAAACUGCACGACGUAGGCUAACGAAUAAGGCCUAGAGUAGUCAGAUGUCAUCCAACACAACCGAGCCGAAAUCACCUGCCAUCUGACAUACCCCAGACUACCCAGGCACCUUCCCGACACUGGGACAGGCCGUUCAUGACAGACCGUUCCUUGCAGCAACGUGGUGAAGUUGAGUACUAAUCACAGUAGUUGUAAUCCGCCGCACAGGUCAUUAUGUCGAGUAAGGAAAUGUCGGUGACCCAGUCUGCUCAGUAUGUUGGCCCCUACAGACUGGAGAAGACCCUGGGAAAGGGACAGACAGGUCUGGUUAAACUUGGAGUCCACUGCAUAACUGGACAGAAGGUUGCCAUUAAAAUAGUCAACCGAGAGAAGCUCUCUGAGUCAGUGUUAAUGAAGGUGGAGAGAGAAAUUGCCAUUCUGAAGCUGAUAGAGCAUCCGCAUGUGUUGAAACUGCAUGAUGUUUAUGAGAAUAACAAAUAUUUGUAUCUGGUCCUGGAGCAUGUGUCAGGUGGGGAGCUAUUUGACUAUUUGGUGAAGAAAGGAAGACUGACACCCAAAGAGGCCAGAAAGUUCUUCAGACAAAUCAUCUCGGCCCUGGACUUCUGCCACAGCCACUCCAUUUGCCACCGGGACCUGAAGCCAGAGAAUUUGUUGCUGGAUGAGAAGAACAAUAUCAGGAUCGCUGACUUUGGCAUGGCCUCACUGCAGGUGGGGGACAGUCUGCUGGAGACAAGCUGUGGCUCUCCACACUACGCCUGUCCGGAGGUUAUAAGGGGCGAGAAGUACGACGGUCGCCGGGCAGAUGUGUGGAGCUGUGGGGUCAUCCUUUUCGCUCUACUUGUGGGUGCGCUACCCUUCGACCAUGACAACUUGCGGCAGCUGCUGGAGAAGGUGAAGAGUGGGGUGUUCCACAUGCCGCACUUCAUUCCGCCCGACUGCCAGGCUCUGCUGCGGGGCAUGAUCGAGGUCGACCCCGAGAAGAGGCUCACGUUAGAUGCCAUACAGAAGCACUCCUGGUAUCAAGCGGGUCGUAACGAGCCGCCCUGUCCAGAGCUGCCGGCCCCGAGGCGAGUGUGUGUGCGCCGGAUCGUCUCUCUGACCGAGCUGGACCCAGACGUACUGGAGAGUAUGUACUCACUGGGCUGCUUCAGGGACCGCAACAAGCUCACCAGGGACCUGCAGUGUGAAGAAGAGAACCAAGAGAAGAUGAUCUACUACCUGCUACUGGACCGCAAAGAGCGCUACCCGAGCUAUGAAGAUGAGGAUCUGCCCCCCAGGAAUGAUGUUGAUCCGCCGCGUAAGCGAGUGGACUCGCCCAUGCUGACGCGCAGUGGCCGUUGCCGGCCCGAGAGGAAGAGCCUGGAGGUGCUGAGCGUGACAGAGCAGGGUUCGCCCACACCCCCGCGCCGAGCCCUGGACACGUCCGCACACAGCCAGAGGUCUCGUUCUGUCAGCGGAGCGUCUACUGGUCUGUCCUCCAGUCCACUGAGUAGCCCCAGGAGCCCUGUCUUCACCUUUAGCCAAUCCGAAGUCGCCGCGACCAAGACAGGAAUUGGAGGCGGAGGAAGUGGAGGCGGUUGUGGUGGUGGUGGGGGCAGUGGUGGUGGCGGUGGUGGUAGUAGUAGUAUCGGUGGUGGUGGGGGCAGCGGUAGCGGAGGUGGUGGUGGGGGCAUUGCCGGAAGCAGCACCACGGCGCGUCCCGCCCGCGCGCACCACCACCACCACCACCACCACCACAACAACGAGCCCCAAAAAACGCAGACGCUGCCCCCCAAGGCGCCGGCCGAGCAGCGCCCGCCCCUGCAGUCCAUGAAGUCGCUCCCGCUGCACAAGCCGCCGCUGUCGGCGGCGUCGGCGGCGGCGUCCCGCUCGCCCUCGCCCUCGCCGCUGCUCUCGCCCCUGCCUCGCUUCCUCUUCUUUCCCUCGCCCUCGGCCGUGCUCAAGUCGGUGACUAAGACCCUGUACCCCCUGUCGCAGGUGACGCCGCAGGGCUCGCCGCUGCCCACCCCGCUGGGCACGCCCGUGCACCACCCCCAGCACCCCCCUCCCACCCCCCCUUCCUCCUCCUCCUCCUCCUCGUCCUCGCGCGCCGAAGGCGGCGGCGGCGGCGGCGUGGGCUCGCUCUCGCUCACGCCGCCCUCCAGCCCAGGAGGGGGCGCCGGCGGCAUGGCGGCCAGCAGCUCGGCCCACUGGAGGACCCGGCUCAACUCGUUCAAGAACAACCUGCUGGGCUCGCCCCGAUUCCACCGGCGCAAGCUGCAGGUGCCAACCUCGGAGGAUAUGUCCAGUUUAACACCAGAGUCCAGUCCAGAGCUGGCAAAGCGGUCAUGGUUCGGGAACUUCAUCAGCCUGGAGAAGGAAGAACAGAUCUUUGUCGUGAUCCGAGACAAACCACUCAGCUCCAUCAAGGCUGACAUUGUUCAUGCAUUCCUAUCAAUUCCCUCUCUCAGUCAUAGCGUUAUCUCCCAGACCAGUUUCCGGGCAGAGUAUAAGACAGCAGGAGGCCCAUCUGUCUUCCAGAAGCCUGUGAAGUUCCAGGUGGACAUUUCUUUCUCGGAGGGAGAGAGAGAGCGCGAGCGUGACCGGGACAGGGAGCGAGAACGCGACGGCAAACGGGACCUGGGCAUCUAUAGUGUCACCUUCACCCUCAUAUCAGGUCCCAGCCGAAGGUUUAAGAGGGUUGUUGAGACGAUUCAAGCUCAGUUACUCAGCACACAUGAUCAGCCUUCUGUUCAAGCUCUUGUUGAUGAGAAGAAUGGUCGCCCACCUGGCACCCCGACGAGGCAGAACUCACGACGGUCAGAAGGAGGAGCCGACCGUUGUGAUUGGACAGAGCGAGGAGAAGGCGGGCCUUUGCUCCAACGCCGAGGAUCAGGCAAAGAGAGGACCCGCCUGCUGUCCUCCAACGGGACCCAAUCACAGCCCUGAAUGAAAAACCAAUCCACCAAUCCAGCAGCAUGUAUACAUAUGAGCCACACCUCCAAACCCCAGGAGCACACUCUGAAAUUCUGUUUGAAAAUUGCCCACAGGAUGAUGGUAUCUUUUUUUUGCUCCUUUUGUUAUUGAAAAAGGUGCUCAGCCAUGAAAGCAACAAGACCAAAUAUUGAGAGGAAGUCAGCUGAAAAUGUACCCAACGGUGAGGACUGAACAAGGCAAAGCUGCCCCAACCAAUCAACCCUCCCCCACCAACAAAGUCAUGGGGUUAAAUAAUGAAUUAAAACAACCCUGGAAGUAAAUGCAAAUUCUCCAUUUCAAUGCUAAUAGUUCCGAAAAUAUCAGAACUCAUGACAUGCCACAACUAUGAUUCCUUACGAUGGAAUAUGGCAUUCCUGAAAAUGUGGCAUAAGAGUCAAUCAGUUGCAAUCUUUAACUUUAACCAAUCCCACGAUCCCCCCUAAACUCCCGCCCCCUCUUAAAUUCAGUCCAACGAACUGGAGCUGACCAAUGUUUCUGGUCAUUGACAAAUGCACUGAGGCAUGUCUGUGGUCAUCAGUGACUGCAGAUCCCCUCAAAACACAUGACUCAGCCUCUAUAUACAACGCACAUCCGAGGUAGCUGUCAGUGCCUGGCCACACAGAGCUUUGGCAGUCUCACAUGCAAUAAACCUAUCAAACCUAUAAGCUAAGACAGAGUGAGCCUACAUUCCUGAACCUGCAGUCAGAGCCUGAAGUGCAUUUUCAGUAACCAUAAACAUCUCUAAAAAAAACAACAAAAAAACAUCGGAACAGAUUCUUUAUACUUUUGAGGAUUUAAUGUAUCAUCCUCUAUUUAGAUUUUUCUUUUAAAAAAAGGAAACUUAAAAGAUUUUAAUCUGGCUAAUCUUCAACCAAGUGGGAGAAACCGAUGCUGUGUGGUCCCAGAGAUUAUAUGGAGCUGAACAACUGACCAUUCCUGAGCCCUGAACCUAAACCACAUACAUACUCAUACAUACUCCUGAGGAGUGAGACACACUAAGACACGCGGAGGGGUCAGACUGAACCUCGGCCGUCACAUGGACAAGAUGAGCCUGGGCUUACACCAGGGAACUGCUGGGAAAUAUGGGAAAUACUGAACCCUUGAAGCUGGGACCAUACUGGAAAAGCCUGUGACACACACACACACACACACACACACACACACACACACACACAUACAUACACACCUACAUACACACACAGUCCAUAUCCCAGAGGAUUCCCUGAUAGGAAGCAUAUAUAGACUUGAUUCAUCUCAGUCCCUGUUGCUGCAAAAUGUGGAUUAAGCUAACCAAGUGAAUGUCAUGAUACUAUAUUUUUUAUUUGUGAUAAUUAUUUAAGAUUAUUUAUUUGAAGAGGAGAAAAAGUGAGGACACUGGAUUAUAGCAUUGGCCAUGUGGGAGAUUUUGUCUGGAUUCACAACGAUCCUGAAACUUGAAUGGAUUGUCUGUAGGUUGUGUUGGAUCUCCUGGGAAGAAAACGGUUUGAACAGUGCAAACUGUAUCUGUACGUGCUUGAGGACUCCUGGUUGUGAAACAAAAAAAGAUAUUUUUGAUUUUAAAACAAAUACCACAGUAUAAAAAAGGAGAAAAA